ACGCCAUUGUUUGUUGCUACGUGGACCGGAAGUAGAAGCGUCGCUACUCGCCAGCUCUGGACUUGUGAGCUAACUCCAAAACAAAACCGGAGGAGAGAGUUCACAGCUCAACGCUGAGCAGGAUGUCGGAAUGACACGGCGUUGUUUUGUCUGAUUCUGUCCGACAGAGGUUUUGGGCACUAAUCGGACUGAUAUUUGAUGGCGAAAAUCCGACUGUGUCGAGUUUGUUGGCCGAAGAGCGGCCUAGCAUGCUAACAGUGACGCGUUAGCCGCUUAGCUUAACGUGACAGUCUGCUCUAACUUCAGCUUUGUGCGACGUAAGUGAGGAUUAUGUUGUUAAAUACCAUUUUCUGCUGAUAAGCCGCGAGUAAAAUGAGUUGGUUCAACGCGUCCCAGUUGUCCAGUUUCGCUAAACAGGCUCUGAGCACCGCACAGAAAUCCAUCGACCGAGUUCUGGAUAUACAAGAAGAGGAUCAGUGGGGCGACGCCAUCACACCUAGUCUAGACGAUGUACAGAACAAGCCAGUGUCCACAGGAUGGGGUAUGAACCAGUGGGAUUCUCCUUCAGAAGAAUGCCCGACGACCCUCACGCCUUCAUCCGAGGCCAUCACCAAGCCCGUCACUCGCACCGUGGUGGAUGAAACCGAGAGUUUCUUCAGUGCCUUCUUGUCUCCUGUAGACGGGCAGCCGGUCAAGAAGACUCCGGUGGUGUCCGUGGCGCCGACCAAAUCCUACCGCCGGCCGCAGGAGAAAUCGGAAAAAGAGACGCAGCCCGCUGCCGAGGAUGACGUCGACUCUUCCACGCUUUCUCAGGAAGAUCUGAACAAACAAAGCAGCGUACAAGUAGCGGAAACCCAGCCAGAGGAGGUGAAGCCAAAAGAAGAAGCGUCUGUUCUGGAGUCUGUACUGGAGCAAACGGAAGAAACGGAAGACGCUGAGAGCAAAACAGAGGCACAGGAUUCCACUUCGAGUCCACAAAUCCCAAAGGUGGACGUGCCUACGGAGCCUGAACGUGUAGGAAAAGUCGAGAGCUGUGUUUCCGCCGAACUUAAGAGCCCGGAGAAAGACUCUCCCAAAGACACAUUGUUGGAAUCCAAAGACGCUAAAGCAGAAGACAGGCAGAGUGACACUCCAUCUCCUCCUGUGAGCGCCUUCUCAUCCGGUACCUCCACCACCAGUGACAUCGAGGUUCUGGACCACGAGAGCGUCAUCAGCGAGAGUUCAGGCAGCUCCAGGCAAGAGACGGCUGAGGCUAAAGCGGGGCUGCACCUCAUGCAGGGCUCUUUCCAGCUCCUCUCCGCUUCGACGUGCAGCGAUUUCCAGCGCCUGGAUGACUACCCGAAGCUGACGGAGAGCUGCGGGUCCUCGUCUGACGCUUUCGAGCGCAUCGACUCGUUCAGCAUGCACUCUCUGGACAGCCGCAGCGUCAGCGAAGUCAACUCGGACGACGAGAUCCCCGGCAGCCGCACUCUGGCAUCCGUUACCGCCGGAACCAGCCCGCUCCCGGCUCUCCCGGCGCCGCUGACCACUCAGGAGCAGGAAGACGCAGAGGGAGGGACAACCGACUGUGUAAAGGACCAAUCGAUGGACGAGAUGGAGGAGAGCGGGCGCAGCGCAACUCCGGUGAACUCCGAACACCCAGAAGAUCUGCCGGAGGAGGAGCAGGAAUCCGGGUCAUGUCUCUUGCUGUCUAAUGAAAGAACUGAACCUGAAGAGUCACAUGACUCUGUGACAUCACCCAUAACUGAGGAGCAGAAAGGAGCCUCCACCUGCCAGCUCCUGGAACUACAGAAGAUUGUUGACGAGCUCACAGGCAGGCUGGAGAAACGAGAAGCCCAGCUGCUAGCUGUUAGCAAAGACAAGGCUCGUCUGGAGGAAGAGUGUGAUAACCUCAAAGAUGAGAUGAUCAGUCUGAAGGAGGAGAGCUCCAGCGUGCAGUCCCUCAAAGACGAGUUCACGCAGCGCAUCGCUGACACGGAGAGGAAAGCUCAGCUCGCCUGCAAGGAGCGGGACAUCGCCAAGAAGGAAAUCAAGGGUCUUCGAGAAGAGCUGUCGACCAGGUUCAACUCCACCGAAACCCUGGAGCUGAUCAGAGAGAAGGAGGAACAGAUCAAAGGCCUUCUAGAAGAGGGCGAGAAACUGUCCAAGCAGCAGCUGCAGCACUCCAACAUCAUCAAGAAGCUGAGGGCCAAAGAGAAGGAGAGCGACACGAUGAUCUCCAAGCAGUCCAAGAAACUCAAAGAGCAAGAGGACGAACUCCAACAGCUGCAGCAGGUUCUGGAUGCGAAGGAGGAGAUUGAGAAGCAGCAUAGAGAGAGCAUUAAGAAGCUGAACUCUGCCUUGGAGCGUCAGGAGAAGGAACUGAGCAGGUUGCAGACUGAAAAUGAGGAGGUGCAGGAGAAGAACCGGAGCCUGCAGGCCGCCCUGGACGCCUCUUACAAGGAGCUUGCCGAGCUGCACAAAUCCAAUGCUACGAAGGCCAGCGAGGCACAGGAGCUGGCGCUCUGCCGCGAGGUCCAGGCUAAGGAGGAGCUCAGUCUGGCAUUGGACAAAGCCCAGGAAGAGGCCCGCCUUCAGCAGGAGGCGCUGGCCAAUCAGGUGGCAGAUUUGAGGAUGGCUCUGCAGAGAGCUGAGCAGCAGCAGGCCAGGAAGGAGGACUACCUACGAGAGGAGAUCAGCGAACUUCAGCAGAGGUUGCAGGGGGCGGAGAACAGAAACCAGGAACUAAGUCAGAGCGUUACCUCGGCGACGAGGCCCCUCCUCAGGCAGAUUGAAAAUCUGCAGUCUACUCUCGGGUCUCAGACGGCAUCCUGGGAAAAACUGGAGAAGAACAUCUCGGACCGCUUAGCUGAGGCUCAGGCCCAGCUCGCUGUCGCGGUAGAGAAGGAGCGCUCUGCGACAGAGGAAAUGCAUGCCAUCAAGGCUCAGCUGGCUUCUCUGGAGUCCCAGAAUUCCUCACUGCGGCAGGAGAAGGGACGGCUGCAGGGGCAGUUGGACGUGGAGAAGACACGGCGUGAGAAGCUGGAGAACGACAGCAGCAGGGAGCGUGUUGAACUGGAGAAUCUGAAAGGCGAGUACACUCGAGCUCUGGAAGACGCCAAAAAGGAGAAGCUGCUGUUAACAAACCAGCUUGAGAUGGAGAAAGUGAAGGUGGAGCAGGAGAAGAAGAAAUGCUACCUUGCACAAGAGGCCUUGAAGGAAAAGGAGCGGAAGGCGCUGAGUACAUCACUGAGCGAGCCUCCGGCGUCCUCCACUCCAUCACUCUCUCGCUCCAGCUCCGUCAGUGGGGGGGAUCACAGCGGCAUACACACCUCCAUGCUCUCCCACCAGGAGGACUGUCCGGAUCACUCGUUCGCCUCCGUGACCCUCGGUGGGAGCAGCCUGUACGAGGCGGCGCGUCUCAGCGGAGGCUCCAGCAUCGUCGAGAACCUGCAAUCACAGCUCAAACUGCGGGAGGGGGAAAUCACACAGCUCCAGGUGGAGAUCUCAAAUCUAGAGCGGAGUCGCUCGGCGAUGGCGGAAGAACUGGUGCGGCUGACUAAUCAGAACGAUGAGCUGGAGGCCAAAGUGAAGGAGAUCCCCAGGCUCAGAGUGCAGCUCAAGGACCUGGAGCAGAGACACAACACCAUCCUGCAGAUGUAUGGCGAGAAAGCGGAAGAGGCCGAGGAGUUGCGGCUCGACCUGGAGGACGUCAAGAACAUGUACAAGACCCAAAUCGACGAGCUGCUCAAGAACCAGAAAUAACAUCGGUCGUUUUCUUCGCACGCAAGCACACGGUCUUGCUGACGGACGUCGAAGUGCAUUUACUGUAAACGGACAAAGUCGGUUAUAGUGCAGGAAAGCAGAAGCUUUGUGGUGUGUAAGAGACUUCGUUCAUAUGUAUAUUUUAUCUCAUUUGUGCUCUGUAUUUUCCUGAUCAGCUGUAUAAUCUGUAGUUAUUUAUGGGGUUGUGGGAGCAGACGUCUUAAAUCUGAUUUUUUUUUUCCCCCCUCAAAGAUCAUUAGCAGAUUUGAAACAGACAAGCGCUUGUCUCUUAGUGUGGACCUCGACCUGAUGUACUUUUAAGAUAACGUCAUUUAAGCCUUUAGAUAGCCUUUAACUGUCAUAAAAGCCUUGCAUCUCUCAUUUAAUUACACCAAUAUUAAGGAGCGGUUUGUUAUUUUCAAUGCGUUGCAAUAGAAAUGAAAUAUUGACAAACCUUCACUUUAUCCAACCAUACAUACAUAUGUAUGUAUGCCCCAUGUGGAAGAAUUAAAUCAGGAUUCUGUUUGCUGGGGGUGAAGCUAUUUUUCUGGGCCAGAAAACUCUAAAACAGAAGCCUUAGAUAAAUAAUCUAGCCAGACUCUUCACGUGACAGUAAUGCUAAUCUCAGUUUUUUGACGAUGUCUGUAAGUUGUGUGAUUAUUACAUGUCUAGAAACACUUUCAGAAUUACAUAUUGCACCUUUAAACAUUUCUGCUCACACACCCUUCAGUAAUUGUCAGUUCAUUGCAAGCGAUGAAGAAACACUGGCAGUCUGUAAAGAGUGUAAAGAAACAGUACAUAUAUAUAUAUAUAUAUAUAUAUAUUUCUUUUUGAAAGCAGGCUAUGCUACCUUAAAAUAAAUAUAGUCAUAACACUCGUGAAGUAAAAAUUACUCUCUCGUUAAUACCUGCCUAUGUAAUUAUCACUAUUUUGAAGAAACGAAGCUCUGAGUGGAGUUAACUGUCAGAUGGGGUAGAUUGGAUAAGGUUAGCGCUUGCUAAACUCUUUCAUUGCGUUCAUGAUUUAAAAAAAACAUGAUGGAAAAUCAUCUCCAUCAUCAACUCUGUCAUCAGAAAGCAGGGUCCGUGGGUUAGCAAACUCCGAGAAUCAUCUCGCAUUGAACUUAUUGGCUUUCUAGAGCAACGCAGAUAACGGAACAGGAAAAGAGUAACAAAAAGCGACUCAGUGAAGUAUUGGACCACCACAAGCCGAGCCACCAGAAUAGCUUCAGUGCACCGUGGCAUCACUUCUACACUUCUCUGGACCUGUAAUGGAGCACCUUGUUUCUAAAAGAUAUAUCCCUCAUUUGGUUUGAUUUUGGUGUCUAAUACAUCACUUCAACAUCUCUCACUAGUGUUCAUUCAGGAGUGUGGAGGCCAAAGCAUCUGCUUUACAUCAUGAUACAUCAUCAAAUCGUUCGGUGAGCCCUCUUGCCCACUUGGAAGUGACCACGCCCAUCAGGAGAGAAACGUUUCAUCACAGAAGAACUAAGGGAGCUCAAACCAUGCCAACAAAAUAAAUAAACGCCGUCUACGUCAUAACAGCUACCCAUUUUUCUUUUAAUUUGUAUAUAAUAUUUUAAAUUCAACCCUUACAUAGGCCUGUGUUAAUAGUCAUGGAUAAGGAUCCACUUUUUGUGUAAAUGUGUAAAUAAAAGGAUUAUUGCCCUCGUUA